UCCGGAGAUGACAAAAGAAAAACAACAAAGAAACAUGAAUCUAGUAUCCGUAAACGGUUUAAUUCCUCUUCCAAACUUACUCAUCAUUGCGAAGCUCUUGUAUCUUAUUUUUAACUAUUAAUGUCGAGGCUAACUUACAAGAAAAUAUUUUGAAGUUUCGUUUAAUUAUUAUUUCAUUUGAACUAAGACAAAAACUAUUUUGGUCUGACUUUAAUUACUGUUUCCUUUGAAGGCAUUUUCUAUUCAGAGCAAAACAUGGAAGAAGAGGAAGUAGGCCCAAGAUGGUACAAGUUGCUAGCGAAAUCACAGAAAACUUAUUUAUUACUAUAUUUAAUUACGAAUGCAAACUUAUCAGAGGCUAAAUAUGUGUAUGGCAGUCUGUCAUUGACGUUGGAGAACUGGCUGUCUCUGUUAGUUAAGUUUUUACCAGAAACAACAGAACCUGCUCUCUACAUUCCUUAUAUAGAUAUUGAUACGGAUCAGGGACAAGUUUGUAACUCGUUGGAUGUUGCUUCUACAGUAAAGCUUCCGUCAGACAAGUUAUGCCAAUAUCGUUUGAGACGAAUGGGACUAUGGGAAUGCAGUCUUCCCUCGAUUCAAAAUGUAUCUCAGUUUUAUUCUAUUUUUUCUAGAAAAAUUGUUGAAGAAACAAAUCAGGUGCACUUAGCUUACCUACUUAUGAAAAGCUCACAAGCUCCUUCUGAAAUUAGAGAAUGGAGUAGUGGGCGUUUCGAAGUCUUUCAUCGUCUUUCUCAAUUCACUUCUGUACCAGUUGAUUUAGAUGAAAUGGAAAAAGCUUCGAUUCGUGAUGUAAUUUCCCUUGCUUUUCCAAUCUUGAGCAUUGAAAACUGUGUUGCGAUAAUGAGCGAAGUCAUCCUCCCUUUUGUUCUAGCUACAGAAUCUGAAUCUGACGAUGCGUAUACAAGCUGGUCGUAUGUGUGGGAAAAGUUACUACAGUUGGUUAAAACGGAUGGUUUGGAGAUACUACAUGAACUACUUGUGCACUGGAACAUUGAUGAUUUUACGCUUCGGUUAUUAUUGAUGAAAGUUGCUUUAUCUUCUCUUUAUAUUUGCAAUGAAACGACUACUACCACUUUAUCUUUGGGAAAAGAAAUGCUUGCGAACAUUCAGGAAAAGUUAAAGCUGUCGCCUGCCCCUUAUGGUAACCUUUUGAAGGAACCCGUGAAAAACUCUAUAGAUUUUUUCUUAUCUUAUAGUACUGACUUGACUAAUCCCUCUAGUGAGUCUGUUACUUUAUUAUAUCGUAUCAUUGACGCUAUUCCAAUUCUUAAGAGCGCUAAUAUGUUUCCCAUUCCGAAUGUACGAGCUUGUCUGAAUAUAUCUGCCUCAGACAAGCAAUCACAGGAAAGCUUCCUCCAAAAGUAUUUGUCUAGUUCUCUAGGUGAAUCGAAGACUGUUUCUUAUAAUGAUUGGAAUAAAUGCUUUUCUUUCAUCAUUUCUUUUAAGAGUCAAGAUCUAUUCUUUAAUAAAAUAGAAUCAAAAGAAAUAAGCCUUUUAUUCCUUAAAAAGAUUUUAUCCGUAUCAAAUUUUAGCGUUUUGGACAAGAUGAAGGAUCAAUUGGCUUUACCUGAUAUUGAUCAGGAUAGUUUGCAGAAUUGUAUGGAAACCAGCUUCUACGAAAACUUUCACUCUGCUUCUAGUAUGAACAAGAAUCGCGGAAAACUCAAUGCUGCAAGUAGAGUUCUCGAUGUUUUUAGUGAAUGCGAUAGCCUUACUACAAUUCGUCGUCGUCUUUAUGCCCUUAUUAACUCUGUGGAUUUAAUUAAGCAAUUUGAUUUUCUAAUAGAAAAAGGAAAACCGUUGUCGCCUAAGCAAAUAGAGGACAAUUUGGAUCCUAACAAACUGUUAGCCUACAUUAUUACCCAAGAUUCGCAUUCAUAUCAGCAAGUCGAUGAGCUAAUGGCGCUUAUGAUUGAAUUGUACAAAGCUUCUGGAGAAUUUAAUUAUAACGACGUUAUUACACAACUUCGCCAAAUUACCGAGCAGGUUGUGAACAGGUGUGUAGAUGCGGCAUUGCUGAAAAGCGAUAUGUUGACUGCAAAGCAGUUAGUGGAAGACAGACUUGUUACACUAGCGGAAUUGAGCGACAGUAUGCGGGAAAGAAUCUACAGGAUCUGUUUUAAAAUUGGGAAAACUCCAUUGAAUGAUCCUCAGUCACGCGAAAUAAGACUGGAGAUGCUUCAACUUGCUAUUGCUAAUGCCCCAAAAGAACUUUUAAAUGAUGUUGUAAACUAUUGGACAGAAUUUGAAUCAAAUAGGGAUAAAGAAGAAACUGAGAGUGAUUUGGGUGCUGAUGCCUUUCCAGAACUUAACGAAUCGAUUAAUGAUGAAGAGUUACAUGGAGACGACUUUGAUAAAGAGUGGUCUCUUGCUGCUGCCGAAGUAGAUUCGCCCACGGAAGAUGGUGUUGACGUGAAUUAUAAUGAAUCUAAUCUCACAGCCCUUCCUAAUCCAGAUUUUUCCGAUAACGAUGAAGAAGAUAUAACUAAGAAGGUCACGAAUACUUUCACUAGUGGUCUAGGGUGGGUCUUAGGCAUUCCUCAAGAGUGAAUAUGAUCUGCACGUUAGUCAUUAAUGCAUAACUCUACAUAAAAAUCAGUAACAGUCCUUAAUAAUAACUUGAUAUAUCAAAUAACCUAUUUUUUUAAUUACCAAAGGUAAAAGAUAGAAACUAGAUCGUAUAUUAAAUCAGAUGGCAUAAAAAUAAAGUAAUUAGCGAGGAAGAUGAGCUAAG